AACAGAACAGGUGGUAACCUUGGCCUAUACCGUCGUUUCUUUACCUGAUGACUGAUUGAGUGCUGCUGGAAAGUGUGGCAACAUGGGACCUUGUCAGUGAGCAAUACCGACGUCACAGGGUUUAAAUGCAGGUGCAGGAUCUCGGAGAGAGUGGCGUUUUUGCACGAUACUGCUGUUUGGAAACAUGCAGGGUUUGAUGUUUACUGUAUGCGAUUGAGCUGAGCUUGUGGUGGAGAUCUCCAUAAGCAGCUGUUUGUACUUCUACAAAGAAAGGGCUGGAUACAGACAGGAUUUUAAAUACUAACUGGACAGGAGCACGGGAAUGUUUUCUGCUACUUCCUGCUGUGUUCAUAUUCCCUUCUGUAAUGAACGUUAAAGGAACAACAUGUAAUGGUGAACCAUUCAUCAAUUCUGAAGUACAACAGGUGUAGAAUCAAUAGUAACUACAAAACAGCAACAACAUGAGUGUCAAGAAUAUUACAGUGCAAAAUCAACUGAGGAAAGACGCACUCGAUCAAGAGAUAGAUUUUGGUAAGCUGCAGUAUCCACUGUUGAUUGGUGAUCAAAAUGGAAAUGAAGUUUCGUCCGAUACUGGGUCACCCUCGGAUUCCGUUCGAAGUGUCAGCUGUUUAAGUUACGGGAAUUCUGCUGAUAGUCCUGUUGUUGAAAUGAGUGAGUGUAACUCAAGCAUGGACCAUGAUGCCGAAGCCUUUAAUCAUAAUUCUGUGUUUCUAAAUGAGAGCGUCGGUGAUCCUAUGCUUGAAGAGGACUUGGGUAUUAGUGGCAGAACAGAAUUGGUCAGUUUGCCUCGGGUAAAAGAGCAGUUUAAGGGAAUAAUGCAGCCUAAUCUUGAGGCAGACCCAAACCUGGAAAAAUGGAAUCCAAACCUUACCCUUGUGGUGCCUUGUAUGCAGGAAUGUACAAAGAAUAAGAAUAUCUGCAAUGUAGAUAUAGGCACAAAGAAAAUUGAUCUUGAAUCUGUGACCCCAGGCAAUGAGAUGGCUGUUGAUGCAGAUGAAAGGCUUCCUGACCCUCCAGUCACAAAAAAAUCUCCAGUUUCAUCUAACAGUCCAGAAAAUGGGUCUGCAGAUAACACGCAUGCUUCCUUGGAUUCACUGAACUCCAAUGAGAUGGUGAUGAGGAGCAAUAGUUUUAUGUUGAGUAGCUCCGAGAAGCCUCCUAGUGCCUCUAUACUUGAGGCCGCAAACAGCACCAGUAGCAUCCCUUCUGAUCAGGGAAAGUUUUCAAGCACAAUGCCAGAUGUUUGUGGUGGGACAUUUGAAAACAUCCAGCCAGAAAUAUCUAGCUGUAAUUUUGAUGCCAAACAAUGUACAGUAGAGGUACCAAAAGAGCUCCCUGAAGAUGGCUCUCAAGGACAGUGUCUGCCUAAUUAUCUCCACCAUGCUCAGCUUGGAAGCUUCUUGGGUGCAGCAGCAGUUGGUGAAGUGGAAUGUUUGUCCCUUGCAGAUCAUUUUGUAAAAGAUGUCAAUGUAGAAAUAUCUGACCAAGAGGGAGCCAUACUAAUCCUUGCACAGAAAGUUGGAGAGAGUGCUGUUGACCCAUCCACUCAAGAUUUGAUUCCUAUGUCUAAAACUGAAGCUGAUAACUUAAUACCUCAGCUGAGACUAAUGCUUUCACCAAAUGGAGAGGCCGCUAGAGCUUCCGACGAAACAUUUUUGGUCCGUAGUCCAGAGGAAAAAUGCAAUUACCACACACAUACAUCCACUCCUUUGCCAGAAUCGAAGAACGUAACAUUUAUUAUUCCAUCUUUUGAUGAGAUUCCAGAACAGGCAACUGGGAAUGUAAAAGAUUUAUUUUCCUGCAGUGACAAGAACCCUUUUCAAACCCUUAAAGGCAGCCAGUGGUCCUGUGCAUUAAAAACACAAGAAAGUACAAGGCCAACUACAUCUACUACAAGCAAAGCUGCCAAAGUAGAAAUAUUGAAAUAUCCUAAACCUGACUUCAAGAACAUAAAGCCCAAAGUUGUUUCAAGACCUUUGGUGAAAACUGACAAUCCCUCACAUAUUAGAAAUACACAGAGAUCACCUUCCACACCCAGUAAGGUUUGCCCCUUUCCAAGGGCUUCACAAUCACAAAAAGAUGUUCAAAAAGAGAAAGGGUCUGAAAAAGGACAUGACAUAGCACAGGAAAAAGCAUCGAGAAAUCAAAAGCAGGUGGUGGCAUGCGACCAGCGUUUUCCAAGCAAGAUGACCCCCUUUUCUGCAGUUUCAAAAACAGUAGUCAACAGGGUCCAAAAACCAGCAUCCAAUUUAAGGCAGAGGAAUGGAGUAUUAGACAAAGGCAGCUCUUCAGAUUCAACAAGCUCUUUAUUCUCCGAGACUGCAGUAACUGGUUCCCAUAAUAGAUUCAACCAGACCACUCUGAACAACAAAGCUGAGAAAACUAAGUCUUCAGUGAUUUCGGUUUCUUUGUCUCGCAAAGAAACUGGUGAUCUGACGAAUGGUAUUGCACAUGGAUUGACUUCUGGAGCUGUUGCAACCACCUCUUCUAUGUUGUCAACUAAAUUGGCAGCAGCUUCAGACGUAAGCAAAUCCAGAGUUGGACAGAAGCCAUCCCUCAGCAAGCCGAAAAGCAGUGUAGGUCCGCAGACUACAUCUGCAGACUUUAGACUGCCACCUCCUGUAUCAAAACUGAAGCUGGGAAGUUUAAGUAAAGAUGGCUGCACCACUGGAAUCCUGUCUCCACCAAGGACCAAACAGAUGCCAGCUCAUGGCACUCACAAAAUACCGAUUUCUACCAGAGUAAAGACAAGUUCUGCAAGGAUGUCCAUAAACACUGGGUCUGUCUCGGCUAGAUCUGCAACAGGGUCCAGACUGCCUGUGAAAACUGCAGGACUAGAGAGAUCCUCCAGUGUGUCUUCACUCUUGAGCUCUCAUAGUGAGCCCAGUACCGGUACUUGCAGAAGUCAAUCUACAACUGCUACCAGCUGUAAAACUGUGGAUAAAUCUUCACGACCUAUACUUUCUAGUGGAGCUCCGAAUUCUGCAAGAACCUCUUGUGCAAAAGCAGCAACGAGAAACAAGACGGCAGUUAAUCAAACUUCUGCAACAGGAAACAAGACAAAUUCUUCCCAAAAUCAAGCAUCUUCAAGAUCUACCACUUCACAGAAUCAAAUAACUCCAAGGACUGCUCCUGGCAUUUCUGCAAGACAAGUGGGGGUGUCCAUGUGGAAUCGGUUAGCAGUGGACAAGAACAAGCUGAAGACAAGCCCCAGGAGCCGGCCUCCACAAGCACAGACCCAGCCUGAUCUGCUGCCAACAGAGAACAAGACCCAUGGACUAGCGCAUUACAAAACACAGUGCGAGAAGAAAAACGAAUGCAUUCAGCAUCUCAAGACGUUACUAGCCACCAGCAACCAUAGGUUUGAGGCCAUCACUGUGGUGGUGCAGCAUAUUUUGGCAGAGCAUGAGCAGGCUCUCAAGCAACACAAGGAGUCCUCACAGGAACUUGUUAACCUGCACAGGGAAUUGGUGAACACAGCCACCUCGUGUGACAAGCUUGAGAGAGAGAAAGAUGAGCUGCGGACGGCGUUCGAGGCUGUGCUGCAAAAAGUGCAGGAACAGCACCAGAGCGAGCUGGCUGACCUGGAGGAACGACUCAAGGACUUCUACUUGGUAGAGUGGGAGAAAGUACACGAGGCCUACCAGGAACAGGCAGAGAAACUGAAAACACAACUGCAGCAGCAGGUUAAUAGUCUGAAUUCCCAUCAUGAAGCUUUCAGGAAAGAACUUGAAACUAGCCAUUCAGAGAAGAUUGCAAUGUUAAAACAGCAGUAUGAAGCUUCUUUGGAAGAACUCAAGAAAUCUCAGGAAGUGGAAAAAGAUUCACUUAAUGAAUCAUUUAAGGAAACUGAAGCAGCAUUAUCUGAAAAGAUUGAUGAAUUGACUUCUUUGAAUAAUUCUUUAAAUGAGAAACUGAAAGCAGAAGAUGAUAGAAGGAAAGCACUUCGUGAAAAGAAUCAGAAGGAUUCCCACACUCUAUAUUUGGAGCAGGAACUGGAAAGUCUGAAAGUUGUUUUGGAUAUCAAGAAUGAACAGUUACAUCAACAGAAUAAGAAACUGAUGCAAAUGGAAAAAAUGGUGGAAAAGAAUAUUAAGUUAGAUGAAUGUCUUAAAAAGGUCCAGCAAGAAAAUGAAGACUUCAGAGCAAGAAUGGAUAGACAUGCAGCUCUGUCAAGGCAACUUUCAACUGAACAGUCUGUUCUACAAGAAUCCCUAGAAAAGGAAUCAAAAGUCAAUAAACGUUUAUCAAUGGAAAAUGAAGAACUUCUCUGGAAGUUACACAACGGAGAUCUGUGCAGUCCUCGAAAGCUAUCUCCUUCAUCUCCUCCCAUGUCUUUCCUAUCGCCACGUAAUUCUGGAGUGUUUAAUAGCCCUGCUGUUACACCAAGAUAACACUGGAACUGGGCUUCAUGGAAGCAUUUCAGUACUAUUGAUGGAAACAUCAUGACAAACAGGAGCUAUAUUAGCUAUGUAUGAUCAUGAUACAGUAUAAUGAAAAUAUUAACUGGAGGCAAAGAAAAUCCAAAAUGGAUAUACUUUCAGCUGAUUCUUGUAUAAUAUAUACAAUAUGAAUACAACUGUACAAAGCCAAUGUUGCACAAAAGCACUUAUAGAGCAAGAAUUCUUGGUCUUGCCUUUUUGCCUGAUUUAGGGAGAAAAAAGGAAAACUCAGGGCCUGUAGAUUAAUGUAUCACUGUUUUAUUACCAAGUUUCCUUGUGUUCACAGAAAGCUUGGUCGAGUAGGUUGGGUAUGCUGUGUGAAUGAAAUUGGCACUUUGGGUGUGAGCACUUUUGAGGCUGCUGUCUUUUGUUAAAUAAAAUGAGCAGAUGUUCUGUACAUUUUGAUAAUUACAUUAUGGCAACAGUUUCCUAAAGUACACCUAUAUCUAUAAAAAAUACUUAGUGCAGAAAGAGAACAUGUUUGUAAUGUGGUUUUUGAGAAAUGUGUGUGCCUGGAGCCUUCACUGAGGGAGAUGCCUCUCUUAAAUCUGGGUUCAUAGGGAGACCAGAAUCACCAUGGUGCUGUCUGUGUGUGUGUGUGCUCUAGAUGUUGAACUAUGUGUUUUUAGUUGUGGCCAUGGGACCAAAGGAAGUUUUUGUGCAUGUCUGAUACCACGAGAGUGAUUUUCAAAGCACUGUAAAUCAUGACAAGGCAUAGCUCUUCAGAGAAGCUCAAUCUAUAUAAUGUACAUGUAGUUGUAAUGAGGCUUUCCUUAAUAUGCAUAUCUUUUAAGGUUUAGGAAGUCUUUUGAAUAUCACAAAAGGUAAUUGUGUGGGUGUCAAAAUAGUGUCAUCAAUGUGCAAUGUUGACUCUUGAAAAUAUGCAAUUAUGUAUAAAAACAUGAAUAAAUAUAUAUUAAAAUA